AUGAAACCGCUCCCUUAUCUCACAUGGCCAUCAAUUCUGGAACACAUGGACCCGCUUGUCAGACUUCAACUCGUCCGGAGUAGCCAAGACAUGAAAACAGCCGAGAAGAGACUCCCGAUCCGAAUAGACUAUCUCCACCUGGAUCGGAAUUGUAUCAACAUCAACGGAAUUAAGUACGAAUUUCUGGUUACCAACUAUACUCUCAGCAUUCAUUCGGCAAACGGAGAUCUUCUCAAACGAGAACGCGUUCGAGGAGGAAUGUCGAGGAGAGAGGCAAUUCAGUAUCUAUAUCGAAAACUGUUCGGAAGGAAUCCCGUUGCUGUGAAUGUCAAAAACCUAGUGAUAGAUGUGGACACAUCUUGCCGUGACAUUUAUUGGCCCAUCGACUUAAAAUUGAAUGUGUAUAACCUGAAGGUCACAAAAAUGUCAGGUCGCGAUAUUGUUAAUCCCAAGAAACACAGAGGAUUAUUAGUUGGAAUGGAAGAUCACGAUAUGCCAAGUGCUGGAUACGGUGCCUGGAAUCUCACAAAUUUUUUCGAGUAUCUUCGGGGAUUUGUCACGAGCACCUCUCUGAACACUUUGGAAAUCGCUGAAGCUAUUAAGUUAGUGAAAUGUCCGGAAAUCAAAACAGCGAGGAAGUUGAUCAUUAACGGAGAACCAGCACGACUACUGAGACUGAAGAAUGUUCGGGUUCAUGUUAAAGGAGGGUUCUACUCAUGGCAGCAAGCGAAGGAGUUGAUUGAAAAGUGGCGAUCAAGCAGUUAUGAGGGAGGUCGGCACUAUUCAGUGGCAAUCAGAAAACAGAAGGAUGUUAUCGGAUUGAUGGAGGAGAUUGAAAGAUUGCCGACUGCUAGGGAGACAAAGAUUGAGGACAAAAGGCAUACCUCUUCUAAAUGCAUCACUCUCCCGAUGGGUGGAUUCAAAAAGCUCAACGUCUACUAUCUGAUUAUCGAGAACGAGAAAAGAGCAGCUGACACCUCCUAUGAAAUUCACUUCGAAAUCGAUGAUGGUGAUUAUGCAACGCCAGUUUAUAAUGGUGUGUUCGGACCGUUCAAUUAG